ACAAGGAAGUCAUGGAGGAGAAUUAUGAGAUGGUGGCCUCUUUAGCAGAGACUCUGAUACUCAAGUCUGAGCUCAUCUCCUCACUUGGAACAGAAAAAUACAGGGAUGUUGUCCUGGACCAAUUGAGAGGUGAUGGAGAAGGCAAUCAGAAUUUUGACAGGCCAUCUGUAAAGUACUUCAGCGUGAGUGAACACCUUAGGACACAACUACAAACUAACGCAGGGGAGAAACCCUUUAAAUUUAUGGAGUGUGGGAAGGGUUUCAUUGAGAGUGGAGCUCUUAAAAGGCAUCAACGAACUCACACAGGGGAGAAACCAUUUCAAUGUAUGGACUGUAGGAAGAGCUUCAGGGAUAUGGGAAAACUUACAAGACAUCAACGAACUCACACAGAGGAGAAACCAUUUAAAUGUAUGGAGUGUGGUAUGGGUUUCAUUGGCAGUGGAGCUCUUAGAGUACAUCAACGAAUUCACACCGGGGAGAAACCAUAUAAAUGUGUGGAGUGUGGAAUGAGCUUCAAUCAUAGGGCAUCCCUUAAUAUGCAUCAGAUAAAUCACACAGGGGAGAAACCAUUUAAAUGUAUGGAGUGUGGGAAGGUUUUCAGUCAAAGGGGAAAACUUACUGUACAUCAACGGACUCACACAGGGGAGAAGCCAUUUCAAUGUAUGGAGUGUUUGAAGGGUUUCAUUGACAGUGGAUCUCUUACAAGACAUCAACGAAUUCACACUGGGGAGAAACCAUUCAAAUGUGUGGAGUGUGGAAUGAGCUUCCGUCAUAGGGAAACGCUUAAUAGGCAUCGAAGAAAUCACACAGGGGAGAAACCAUUUCAGUGUAUGGAGUGUGGGAAGUUUUUCAGUCAAAGGAGAAGACUUAACGUACAUCAACGAACUCACACAGGCGAGAAACCAUUUAAAUGUAUAGAGUGUGGGAAGGGUUUCAUUGAGAGAGGAGCUCUUACAAAACAUCAACGAACUCACACAGGCGAGAAACCAUUUAAAUGUAUGGAGUGCGGAAGGAGUUUCAGUCAGAAUGGAAACCUUACUAUACAUCAACGAACUCACACAGGCGAGAAACCAUUUAAAUGCUUGGAAUGUGGGAAGAGCUUCCGUCGGAAUGGAGCUCUUACAACACAUCUACAAACUCACACAGGCGAGAAACCAUUUAAAUGUUUGGAAUGUGGGAAGAGCUUCAGUCAGAAUGGAGGUCUUGCAAUACAUCUACGAACUCACACAGGUGAGAAACCAUAUAAAUGUUUGGAAUGUGGGAAGAGAUUCAGUUGGAAUAGAGUUCUUACAAGACAUCAACGAACUCACACAGGGGAGAAACCAUUUAAAUCUUUGGAGUGUGGGGAGGGUUUCAGUCAAGAGGAAAACUUACUGUUUGAGGCUGAAAAGGCGUUUUCCAUAAACUUUGUAUGAAUAAAGUUUCUAUUAGUAUUAAUGGUGUUCUUUCAAAAUAGUUGGUUUUGAGUUUUCCAGGGUAUCAAACAACAGCAUUGAUGUAACAUUUAUAUGUAACUAAUGUAACAUUUAUAUGUAAUGAAUGACACAAUAUUAAUACUAAUGUUCAGAUAUAUAGUUAAUUUCUCAAAGAAUAUAUGUGGUUUAGUGAAAUGUCUUUAUUCAAUCAUAGGAAUAGUCAAUCAGGGAUAGUCUGUGAGGACCACAAGUGAUGUCAUGGUAUAAUUGAUGAUAUAUUUAGUAUGCUUAAUGGAGGAUAUGAAUGGAGAAGUGUCUGAAGUGAGUGGCAUCAGAUGGCACUAUGACUCUGAAGACAAGAUAAAGAAAUGAUUAAAUGGAAGAUGAAGAAUUAUUGAGUUAGCCAGUGGACCAUGCGAAAUCAGGAUGGACAAAAAUAAUUGGGCGAAAAUAUGACAUAAGCAGGAUGACAGCAUGUCUGGGUGAAGUAGGACAACCUGAAAACUAAAAAUAUGAUUGAUUGAUGAAUGAGUGAUGAAUGAAUGAGUCCUUAUUGCUUAUUACUUGUUAAUCAAUAAAGGGUGGUAAUCUGAA